AUUCUGCAGAGAAAGCGAGAGAGAGAGAGAGAAGGGAAAAGAGAGAACGAACACGCAGGGAUAAAUUCUUUUUUGUCACUUUGAAAAGCAUUAAAAAUGGCUGAAGAACAGAAACCGAAUCAGAAUCGCCAGAAAUCGAUCCCACCUUAUAUGAAGGCGGUCUCUGGUUCGAUCGGAGGGGUAGUGGAGGCUUGUUGUCUGCAACCGAUCGAUGUAAUUAAGACGAGGUUGCAGCUCGAUAGGUCUGGAGCUUACAAAGGAAUUAUCCACUGUGGGACCACCAUUUCACAGGCCGAAGGCGUCCGAGCUCUCUGGAAAGGUUUAACUCCCUUCGCCACUCAUCUCACUCUCAAGUAUGCUCUUCGAAUGGGUUCCAACGCUCUGUUUCAAACUGCGUUCAAGGAUUCUCAGACUGGGAAUCUCAGUAAUCAAGCACGCUUACUCUCUGGUUUCGGUGCUGGGGUUCUCGAAGCCCUCGUUAUUGUUACCCCCUUUGAGGUGGUGAAGAUUAGACUGCAACAACAGAAAGGACUGAGCCCUGGGCUUCUGAAGUACAAGGGUCCUAUACACUGUGCUCGAAUGAUCAUCCGGGAGGAAGGUCUCUUUGGGCUCUGGGCUGGUGCUGCUCCCACUGUUAUGCGCAAUGGGACGAACCAGGCUGCCAUGUUCACGGCAAAGAAUACAUUCGAUGUAGUUCUUUGGAGGAAAAAUGAAGGAGAUGGAAAGGUCCUCCAACCAUGGCAGUCCAUGGUGUCAGGGUUUUCGGCAGGAACUGUAGGUCCAAUUUGCACAGGCCCCUUUGAUGUAGUGAAGACAAGGCUCAUGGCUCAAAGCCGAUCAGGCGAUGGGAUUAAGUACAAGGGGAUGUUCCACGCAAUUCGAACUAUUGGUGCAGAAGAAGGUGUGCUUGCAUUGUGGAAAGGAUUGCUGCCUAGGCUCAUGAGGAUACCCCCUGGCCAGGCCAUCAUGUGGGCAGUGGCUGACCAAAUGACUGGCUUCUAUGAGAAGAGAUACUUAAACAAUGCACCCUUGUAGGCA